GAUUCUCUUCCUCUUUGUGAUUCUCCCGGGGAUGAUGAGUGACUGUAGCUUCACGGGAGUCGCUGUCCAUUUGGAAAUCAUUGAGACCAUGGUGUUCCCGGUAGACCUGCUGGAAGAUGGCACUCACGAGGAACUGGAGACUUCUGCUGAGGGUUACAUGGCCGACCUGAGGUGUGGGGACCCUGAAAACCCAGAGAUUUUUUCAUUUCUAAAUAUUACGGUUCCUAUUAGCCUGUCAAAUGUAGGCUUUGUUCCUCUUUAUGGUGGAGAUCAGACCCAGAAAAUUCUUGCUCUGUUUGCACCUGAGGACUCACUCACAGCUGUGGCACUUUACCUUGCCGAUCAGUGGUGGGCUAUUGAUGAUAUUGUGAAAACAUCUGUCCCUUCUAGAGAGGGGCUUAAACAGGUGAGCACUCUUGGGGAGAGAGUGGUUCUGUAUGUUCUGAAUCGAAUUAUCUAUAGAAAACAGGAAAUGGAGAGAAAUGAGAUCCCGUUUCUGUGUCAUAGCAGUACUGAUUAUGCUAAGAUUCUGUGGAAGAAAGGAGAGGCCAUUGGGUUUUAUUCAGUUAAGCCUACAGGAAGUAUGUGUGCCUCAUUUCUUACACAGAGCUAUCAGCUACCAGUUCUUGACACCCUGUUUGUGAGAAAGAAACACCAAGGCAAAGAUUUUGGGCUCCGCGUGCUCGAGGACUUUGUGGAUUCCUUCACCGAAGAAGCGCUUGGCUUACGAUACCCGCUGUCCUUGCUCAUGUCCACAGCUUGCAAGCAGUACUUUGAAAAGUAUCCAGGAGACCAUGAACUCCUCUGGGAAGUUGAAGGUGUUGGACACUGGUACCAGAGAAUACCAGUUACUAGAGCACUGCAGAGAGAAUCACUUAAAAUUACAGCAGUUUCUCAAACUGAAGCUAGAAGACCUACACCGGGAGAAUAUGGUCUUGCGUCUGUUCCAGGAUAUGAAGCAAAAGUUGGAGACCGUCAAUCCGGUGAUGUGCAGCUGACUAUUGAUUCCCUAAAAGACACCUUUGCCAGCACUUCUGAAGGUCACAGUAAGGCUCCUGUUUCCACGCGUAGUCGAAGCGGUCAUCUCAAGCGGCCAAAGAUUGGGAAGAGGUUUCAGGAUCCUGAAUUUAGUGGUUCUCAAGGAGACGAUGACAAGACUCCCCAGACAUCACCUGCAGCCUCAAUAAACAAGUUGGAGUCUGCUGCACGCACAUCGGAGAGCUCAGAAGAAUUCCCGGAAGAGCCGGAAGAGAGCGUGGCUGAGUUUGAGGAUGAAAGCAGUGAUAAGGACACACCGCCAGCACCAGAAGGCCAGCCACACCUAGAAAAGCAAGGUGGGGGAAAGGAAUCUGAAUUAGAGCCAAUGAAUGGUGAGAUAAUGGAGGAUACUCUUAAGAGCUCGCUUGUAACCGAAGAGGAUGACUCCACUAUUGAUGUUUUGGAUGAAGAAUUAAAAUUGCAGUCCUUUAACUCCAGUGAAGACUCUCUGAAUCUUGUUCCACUGGUGGUAGAAUCGUCAAAACCGCCGGAAGCUGUUGCGCAAGAUAAGAGCCCACAUAUAACUGACUCAGCACCGUUGGCAGAAGAAAGUGCAUCCGAUGACAAAGGGCACACUGAAGAGAAACUGCCCGUAGCCUCCAGAAAGAAAGCCCAUAUAGGGAGUCCAGACGAUGCUGCCACUACCCCAAAUGAAGAGAGAUCUGACAGUGGUUUUCCCAAUUCUGUGGUAACUGAGUUUUCUGAGGAGUCGAUAUCUGAAAAUGUAUCCCCCAACACUACUUCCUCAGUGGAAGACCCGGGUGAGGAGGGUGUCUCGGAGCCCCAGGAAACAUCUCUUGCUCUUCAUCAGAGCUCAUUGUUGGAGGUUGAACUUGAAGAUGUGCCAUGUUCGCAGACUGCAGGACAGAAGAGCCAGUCGGAGGAGCAGUCUGAAGCCUCCUCCGAGCACCUGGAUCAGUUUCCCCCGUCGGCAGACAAAGCUGUGGAUAGCAGCUCAGAGGAGAUCGAAGUGGAAGUGCCUGUGGUGGACCGGCGUAACCUGCGAAGAAAGGCCAAAGGGCAUAAGGGACCUGCUAAAAAGAAAGCCAAACUAACUUGAGAGAAGAAAGGUGGAUGAGCAUUUCUCUCCUUUGUAACAUAGAAUUGUUUUUUUUUUAAUAUGGUAAUUAAUAAAUGCACCCGGCACAGGAUGGAAUUUCCAAAAUGUCAAUUUGAACUUCUUGAUGGAGUGUCCCCUCUCCACUCUUAGAACAUAGGUAGGGUUCUCCAUUCUUUUAAAUUUUUUUCCAGGCUCUUUUGUUGUAAACACCGUAUUUUAUUUUUGUUGACCAUACUUCAAUUUGGGGAAGCCAGAUCAGACUUUAUUUUCAUCUUUAGCCGAUGGGGGCAUCUGACCACUCAUAUUUGACAAAAAUACCCAUUUGAAAAAUCCUGUGCAGGUGGGCUACCUGUUAUGUGGAAGUAUCACAGAAAUCUUGUCUACUAAGGGUUUUCACAGCAAACUUGGUGACUGGUUUUAUGGUAACUCUGAGGCGUGCAUGCCUGUUAGAGUCAGUACAACUUCAAGUCAAAGGCUGUUAACAGGUGAGAUUGAUUGGAGUCGGAAGUGGUUUCCACUGGUAUUUCAGUGUCUGCGGGCAGGCAUCCUCAGUGUUUCCGAUUCACUCUGUUAAGUGUGCUUAACAGUACUGCUGGGACGGACAUCUGGCACAUAGGCAAUAUAAUUUAGUUGUCAGUAUUAAUUUGAAUUUAAAAGCGUUGAUCUCUUCAUAUUCAGAUGCUGAGUACAUUUUGACUUUACUCAGUUAACAUCCCAGUGAAUGAAGCUUUGGAAUCUAAGUGCUGUGAAUUGCACUAGCUGAUCCUGAUCACAAAGCUGGAUCGGUUGAGCCGGCGGUUGUGUCCAUGCGCAGCUAACACCUACUUUGAAGGGUGAGGGCCCCUCGUAAGGCAGCUUCUUCAUCUUCUCUCUAGGAUCGGCUUUCUCAGGAGGGCUUCCUGCCUACUUCUAGAUCCUUAGCCUCAGUUCUUGGGGACGUUUGGGGCCCUAGGAGGUAUAGUCAGUCACAAGUGCUUCUACUUAAGUUGGAGGCUUGAUUCGUGUGGUAAGCUAGCCUGUGUG